AGAGAGCAUCCUAUGCUAAUGAUUGAUCUGCUCUGUUGCCUAGCAACUUAUUGUAUGCAUAAUUAAUAGAUACACGUGUCAUCAUGGCAGCUCCAGAUAAUCGGAUUAUACUCGAGCAGUUAGCAAGCCAUCUUCCAGACUUGAUAGUUCAUCGUUCCUCUUUCCCUGCAGUCCCUGAAACCGUUAAUAAAUAUGGCGUACUGCUCUUUGGGGAUAUCUCUGGCUUUACUGCUCUUUGUGAAAGAUACUGCAGCAGCUCAGAUUCCAAGAAGAAAGGAGCUGAUCAGCUUACAUCAACACUAAAUUUAUACCUCAGUAAAAUUGUGCAAGAGAUAUUAGAUGAUGGUGGUGACAUACUAAAGUUUGCAGGUGAUGCACUAUUAGUCCAUUGGCCCUGCAGCCGACCAGCAGCAGACCAGGUCAUUCAGUACCUGAUAAAGAAGAGUCUUAUAAUGCAAAAGAAAUUUGACAAUUUUCAAACUCCAGACGACAUAGCCCUCAGAUUUAAGAUAGCUCUUAGCAUUGGGAAGACCCACAUUCACUUUAUUGGCAACCAGGACUAUAGGACAUUUGAUAUCACUGGACCAGCAGUUGAUGAAGUGACUGUUGCUCAGUCUGUAGCUAAACCAGGGACAGUUGUAGUAACAAGAGUAGCAUGGGAGAUGUGUAACCAGAAGCUAUACACAGCUGAAGUCAUGGAGCAUGGAUUUAUGCUGGUAUCUGAUGCUAAGGAUGGCUGUGCGUUGCCAACUCAUCAGUUCAAGGAAUUGAUCAAUAGACCAGUGACAACCACUGACAACGACAUGAUGGGAACUGAGAGUAAAGCUGAUUCAAGGAAGGAAUCCUCUAGACUAACUAUGAGAAAAGAAACUAAAGCUUUCCUGCAUAAGCUAUCAACUGAGGCUCAGGAUUGUUUAAGAACAUAUAUCCUCAAGACAGUAAAAUAUAAGGUUGAUCAUGGAUAUGAUGUAUCCUGGCUCUCAGAGCUAAGACAAGUCUCAGUAUUAUUUAUUAAUCUUGAUCCUGACUUUGCACUCCCCUCUGACAUACUCUCCCGUCAAACUAAAGAGCAGACUCUGUUACAGACUGCAUUUGACUGCAUAUACCCCAAUUUAAUAAAAUAUGAUGGUACUUUGAACAAGAUAUUCAUGUUUGACAAGGGAUGUACUUUUCUGUGUAUUUUUGGUCUUCCAUAUGCAAGUCAUGAAGACAACCCAGAGAGAGCAAUAAAGGCAGCUCAGGCCAUAUUCAAUGCACUGGAUGACAUGAGGCUAAGUCAUUAUUCUAUUGGUGUUACAACUGGUGUAGCCUUUUGUGGCGUAGUGGGACAUCCAGAGAGACAUGAAUACACUGUGAUCGGUGACAAGGUCAAUAUGGCUGCUCGAUUAAUGACAAAGUUUCCUGAUGGUCUCACGUGUGAUGAUACCACCCGAUUGAAAUCAAACCUCCCACCAGAAACCUUUGUUCUGGCGCCUCCUGUUAAGUUGAAAGGGAUACCAACUCCCGAGGAUAUUUUUUUUGUAUCUACCAAUGAAAAUGAGGAUGAAAUGAAAGAGGAAAAAAGUGAGAUAUUUGAGUCAAAUGAUUAUGAAAGCCUAGUUGGUCGUAAAAAAGAAAUGGAAAGAUUUGUUAUUGAGCUGCAACACAUGACAGAGCAGACCAAAAGGAAGAGAGGAGCCAUUAUAAUAUCAGGCUCUGGAGGAAUAGGAAAGACUAAACUAUUGAGAGCCAUGAAAGCAAAGGCCUCUAGCAUGGGAUUCAGAGUUAUUUCUGGUAUGGGAGGACUGAUAGAACAGAAUGUUCCCUUUCAUACGGUUAAGACAUUACUGACAAGACUAUUAGGACUGGACACUUUUGGAAGCAUACACGACAAAGAGCAACUGAUACUCCAGCAUAUCACUGAUGAGAAAAUGAGGAAACAUCUACCACUACUCAAUGAUUUACUAGUUUUAAAGUUUCCUCAAAACUCAUUGACACUAAACAUGAGCAACAAGGAGAGACGGACAAACUUGCACAAACUUCUCUUUAGCAUUGUGCAUAAAGAAGCUUUGUCCCAUCCAUUUAUAUUUGGCAUUGACGAUGCUCAUUGCAUUGAUCAAGAGUCUUGGGCCUUCAUCUUAGACUUGGCACUUGAUUCAAAUGCAAUCCUCCUCAUAGCCUCAAGAGCAAUCCCAGAAAGGGACCGUACCCCAGUGAUGGCAAAGAUAUUCAGCCACCCGACCACCAUUAGGUUUCGACUGGAGGGUCUCUCGUUCGAGGAGACCUCGGACUUCAUUUGCCAGUUACAGAACGUCCAAGAAGUUGACAAGAACCUCUUGAAUGUCAUAUACACGCGUAGUCACGGGAGCCCACUCUGGUGUACGGAACUAGUAGACAGCAUGUCCUCUAAUAACGUACUCAAGAUUGUAGAGUACAACAAGGUCAUCGAAGAGAAGCUCGGCUAUGCUCGAGUGACUGUUGGGAUCAAUGAAACAAGGACGAGUGUCGUGAGGUCUUUCAAGCAAAAGAAAUGCGUCAUUAACGAGAUGGUUGGGAUUGAUAAUAUCCCAGUACCAGAGUCAAUGGCUGGCAUUGUUCUCACUCGCAUUGAUAACAUGUCACCUUCUGAGCAAAUGGUACUCAAGUGUGCGGCUAUACUUGGCAACACUUUUCACCGUAAGAUGCUCGAGGCCAUACUACCAAGCAGUAACCUGGAGUCUUUCAAUGAGUCGUUGAACUCACUGGCUGAGGUUGGAAUAAUAGACUGUCUCAUCUCCAUUCAUGUUGAUCAUUAUGGGACCAGAGCUAAAGAAUACCUCUCAGGACUUGAUAUCGACUUGAACCAGUUGGGGUGCUCUUGUCUCGACUUGAGACGAGAUUCAACGAAGAAACAAUCGCAAGGGAACCACUCGCUUGAGUCAUGCCAGCUCCUCCAGUUUGUUCAUUCUUAUAUUCAAGAGACUGCACUGUCUCUGUGGACUGAGAGCCAACUGAAGUCACUUCACGAGACGGCUGCUCUUUAUUUAGAGUCAGAGGCUCACAAGUGCAGUAACUGUGGGGGAGGUAGCUUCAUGUUCACAGCUAGAGCCUCGAGGAGAAGGAGGAAUAGGAAAGGUUAUGAUAAUGGGCUGGAGAUUAGCAAUAGGAGACGGAGGAGAGGGUUCUCGAUGGAAAGGAGAAUGAGUCAAAUGAUGAGAGACAUUACUAAAAGGAAUCGUAGAUCGACUGUGAGUCCAUUAAUACAUAGACCAUCCAUUGCAACUGAAGACGCCUCUCAAAGACCAUCCAUUCAACCAUCCAUUCCACCAUCCUUUAUAGAAGAAGACAUUGACGAACUGGCUGAGGAGCUGAUGAAUCCAACCGGCAAUCCAAGGAGAGGGUCACUUGCACUCCCAGACUUAGAGUCUUACAUUGAGCAGCCUCGUAGGAUAUCCAUUCUGUCUGUAAAUAAUGAAAUAAUUCACAUUGAGAAUGAGUCUACUCAGAAACCAAUGGUCGGUGCCCUACUAGAGGAGGACGAAUUGAGUGAAGUACAUGCUCAUCAUAGUGAGGACGAGGUGGUUAAAGAGCCUGAAGUUGCUAAUUUUCAGAAUUGUCAUUGCGAUGAAGUGUUGGCUGAUGUAUACCCUCAGCUAGUCUAUCACUGGAGACUAGCAGGAAACCAACCAAAAACUGUUCACUAUCUCAUUGAGGCUGCAAUUGCUUCACUGGUCACUUUCAAUAAUAUGGAAGCAAUCUCUUUCCUGGAAGAGGCAGAGCAGAUUCUUUGUGAUGGAGGGAUUUGUGAGGAAGACUUUGGUCAGUUGCAAAGGGCCAAGCUUCAGUCACUCUUAGGACAAGCUUACUUUCAGUCUGGUCAGAUCAAUGAGUGUCUGGCCUAUAUUCAGAAAGCACUCUCAAUACUGAAUGCUCAGCUACCCACAAACAAGAUAGGAGUUUUAGUGAGUUUCCUAGGGCAGACAUCAAGGCAAUACUUUCACAUCAAGCAUCCCCAAAGAUACAUACAAACAAAGCAUGACCAGGAGUCUGACAUGUACCUGGAGAAGUCUCGCUGUAUGGCUCAGAUGGUUCAUGUUUAUCAUCUCCAGCACAAACCUCUCAAUGCUUUUGUUGCUGCACUCUCUCAGCUGAACACUGCAGAGGAGGCUCAGGAAGACAUACAUGAGCUUCUAGCAUCAUAUGCUGCUGUCAUUGAAUGCUGUCAGAAAUUCAAUUUCAAGAGGUUGGGGAACAUUUAUGUUAAGAAAUCUCUCUUUUUAUGUUUCUGCACUGAUUUUGGUAUAGAUGACUUAUCCACGUGUGCACAUGUACUCAAUGUUGCCCUCAAUAUGAAGCUAUGCCAGGGAAACCUCAUUGAAGCUAUGGAUAUUGGAAAUUUGGCGGUAAGAUUGACUAGUAGGAUUCAUCUUGAUUCUCUGAAGCUGGUGACACUUCCUUUGCUCUUUUAUGCCAAUUUACUUUCAUUAAAAAAAGAGGAUAGUCACGAGAAUUUAAAAAGUAUUAAAGAAAUUUCUGGAAGGUCAAAAGAUCUUAGAACAAAAGCGCUUCAUGACUGUUGCGAGUUUGAUGCAUUGUUGGAAUUAGGAUUGUAUGUUGACCAGCAAGAUAAAAUUGCAAAGGAUGCACAAACGUUUUAUUGUUCUGGGGAAAUGUAUCAUUUUGAUGAUGCUGAGAGAUUCUUUCUAACAUCAUGUAUUGCAUUAUGGCAUAGCAGAGGAAGCAGUGCUUAUGCAACUAGGUUUACAGAAGAUGCAAGAUCACUGCAUCUGACCGAGUUUCGAACGUUCUUUAGCGUCCAAGCUCUUACAAAAUACAUUGAGUGCAUCCUGGAACAAUAUCUAAUGGAACAGGAUAACAGACAGUUUAAGCAAGAGUCUGAAAAGGAUUUAAAGAAACUUAAAUCACUUCUGGGACGAUUUCCAGUUUUUAAACCACGAUACCUACUCCUUGAAGCAACUUAUUACUAUGCCAGAAGAAAGAAAGGGAAAUGUUAUUCGAGUCUUAAGAAAGCUCUCUCUUUAGGAGAGACUUUUGACUGUUAUAUAGAUAUUCAAAGAGCAAAUACUUGCAUGGAGAAAUGGUUUUCAUCUGUCUGAAUAAUAAUAAUUAUUAAUUCAAUGUAAAUUUUGCAUAGAAAAAAUAAUUUUGUUCGACGACCCCA